AGAUUCCAUGGAGCCUUAUUUUUCUUCAAUUCAAUCUCUUGUGGGUGAGAUCAAGAGAGAUUUGAUGCUGUCCUCAACCCUCAGCCAUUUCCCAACAACGUUUGUUUCCCCAUCAGCUUAUGAAACUGCUUGGCUGGCCAUGAUUCCCCAAGACCCACAAUCAAUAAAGGGUCCAAUGUUCAAAGGUUGCUUGGAUUGGAUCAUAAAUAACCAGAAAGAAGGAGGGUUUUGGGGAGAAGAAGACCAGGAAGGAUAUCCCACCAUUGAUGCCCUUCCCUCCACUCUAGCAUGCAUUGUUGCUCUCAACAUGUGGGCUGUUGGCAAAGAAAAUGUCACUAAAGGGCUGGUCUUCAUCCAUGGAUAUUCUGAAAAAUUGCUUAUGAGGGCCAAAAAUAGUUAUCAUCAACCUCCUCGCUGGUUAACUAUAGUUUUACCUGGAACCAUCGAACUUGCUCAGUCAAGAGACCUUAAAAUUGAGUUUAGUCUUGCUUUCAAUGAAAUGGUGUCUGAAUUGUUCUUCCACAGGCAGAAAAUUCUUGCAACGGAAGUGCUUGUGGACAAACGCCACAACUUUCCAUUAAUGUCAUACCUCGAAGCGCUUCCAGCAUCGUAUAUAAUAAAAGAACAAGAUGUGUUGAUGAAUUUGAGUGAAAAUGGGUAGUUGUUUCAAUCUCCAUCUGCAACUGCAUUCGCGUUUAUGGCCACUGGAAACCAUAAAUGCUUGAAGUACUUAGAGUUUGUAGUAAAGGAAUGUGACAAUGGAGUUCCCACCAUGUAUCCUCUUGACGAAGAACUCAUCAAGCUGUAUAUCAUCAACCAGAUACAAAGAUUAGGAUUGGCUGAGCAUUUUGGUGAAGAAAUUGACCAAACUUUAGAAACUAUUCAUAAAAGUUACAACAACCACGAAUUCACCGGAGACAACACCGAUUUUACCCCAGUAAAUAUUUAUAAAGACAGUCUCGCAUUUCGUCUUCUCCAAAUGC